AUGGACGUGGACAUCUCAACGGUGGGUGGUCCCUCACUUUCUUUUCAGCUUCUGCUGUACGGUUCUUUUGGGUGGAGCGGCAUCUGGUUCAUCCUGACGCUGGCGCUCCUCAUCUACAAGGGAACUUUGCUGCCGUUUCCUCCCGCAGCGCUGCCAAUGGAAAGUGUCUCGGCAUUUCUUCUUCUCCUCGUGGACAUUGCCGCUCUAGUCCUCGGUACACGCGGGAAUCUUACAGAGGAAGUAAGUACAUCAUGCCUUGCCCUUUGCCUUCUAGUUGUGGCAUCGGUGGGGGCCGCUUAUUACAUGUGGUUACAGACAUAUGUCACGAUGCUUGAUUUGGUUUUCUCUGCCAUACUCCUUGGCCUUAACAUAUUGGCGGCGUUGGCAGGGGUCUACGUGGUACAAGGCGUCGUGCGGGCGAAACGCGGCCCGCGGCAGAGAUUUGCACCACCACCACAGGGCCUGCCGAUUCCUCUGCGGAAUAACAUGAAGCGGCAGAAGGGGGACUAG